UGCCCAUGCAAAGACAGCCUUUUGGCUACCAAAUGCCUCGAUCAUUUUCUAUGGCUCUUCACUGCAGAGAGAGCGAAAGAGAGAGUGGAGUGGGUAGGCUUGUUAUGUACUAGUAGGCAAACAUUUGAGUAAUUCUCCGCGCGCUGGGCAUGAUUGCACAAGUGGUCCCGUGGAGGGGUCCCUAGCCCUACAACGAGUAGAGACAAGCCCGUGAGUUCCAAGAAAGCGACCGUGCGGUGCAGCCGGAGCUGAAGGCAGGUCCAACUAUUUCAACAAGUGUUUAGAAAUCCGUGAUUCCUCUCUGAUUUCGCCCGCAGUUGCGCAUUCCAGAGGGGAGCCGUAGCGGAUGCACCAAACUCCACGCAUAAUUUAUUUAUUCAUUCAUUUCCUAUCACCAGUGACUGCUGCCAACUGAAUGCGUCUGAGUGGUUGAGGGAUAGUUUUCGUCCCCCGUCGCCCUUUCUACUUGCUCUAGAACUUCUAACCAAGCUGACCAAGGAUGGACGGGAACCGAACCAUCGACCCAAGCUGCAGUGAAAAACCUCCCGUGGCCAUCGACAUCCUUCUCCAGUUGGACAUCUUUGGUAUCAUCCUGUACUCAGUGCUGACCUUCAUGGCAGCGGUGUCCAUGCUGGUCUACAUAGAGGAGUGUUGGUACAUCUAUCGGAAGGUUCCCUCCAACAAGAAGAGCGCCAUCAUCUGGGUCAAUGGGGCAGCGCCGGUGAUUGGCACCAUGUCCUGUCUGGGGAUGUGGAUUCCCCGAGCCACCAUGUUUACUGACAUGACCUCCGCCUGCUACUUUGCGAUCGUAGUGUUUAAGUUCCUGGUGUUAAUGAUCGAGGAGGUGGGGGGUGACGAGGCGUUUCUACGGCGAGCAGGGAGGAACAAAUUGAAGAUCAGUACUGGUCCCUGUUGCUGCUGCUGCCUCUGUCUACCCCGUGUCAACAUCACACGACGGAGUUUGUUCCUGCUGAAGUUGGGGUCGUUUCAGUUCGCCCUGAUGAAGGUUGUCUUCACCAUUCUGUCAGUCAUCCUCUGGACCAAUGGCAACUUCGACGUUACCGAUACCGCGGUAACAGGAGCGUCCAUCUGGAUAUCCCUGGGAGUGGGGGUCCUGACCAUCAUAGCACUGUGGCCUGUAGCCAUCAUGUUCAUGCAUCUCAGGACCACGCUGCGCAGCCUCAAGAUCAUUCCCAAAUACGCCAUGUACCAGCUGGUGCUAGUGCUGAGUCAGCUCCAGUCUGCCAUCAUCAACAUCCUGGCUAUGAUGGGAACUAUCGCCUGCACCCCACCAUACUCCUCUCAGGCCAGGGGAUACUUGAUGAGUCAACAGUUGUUAAUCCUGGAGAUGUUCAUCAUCACCUUGGUAACCCGCCUGUUGUAUCGUCGCCAGUACGAGCCACUCCCUGACGACGAGCAUGAUGACGACCACACUAAGAUUGGUCUAUCAGCCGAGAGAACUCUGGCAUAGCGUGAGGAAGAGAGAAACUGUGUGUGUGUGUGCGCAUAAGUUUAAGGGAGAAUUAUGUGGGAUCAGGAUCCGUUGGAGAAUACUGAUAUAUUCUCAUAUGUGUAUAUGGACUAAACUGACAGAACACAAUGGAUGACCUGAGCUUGUUGUGUUCUGUUACACUGAAUUGUCCAAUAAGAAAUCAGUUCAGUACUUUCCUUGGUGAGCGAAGUGGUUAAGAUGGAUCAGAGUUCUUCAUCUCUCAGCCAGUGUGUUUGGAUGUGAUAGUGUUGUGUAACUGUAAUAUACAAAUGAUUUCAGAAAUGUAUUUUUAUCACAAGUUAUGUUUUGCCAUUGUGAACUUUGUACUGUAUCAUAAUGAUCAAUUUAUAAUGUAUACUCUUUCUUAAGUUUUAAUUUGAGGAGUUGUAUUUCAUCAUUUGUUUUUCAGUAGGCAUGCACAUCCACACACAGGUCUGGGUUAUGGUGGGCAGACUGUAGUUGUAGAGGAUAAACCUGUAUUUGUUGCAGUGGCAUGAUUGACAGAGUGACACUGAGCAAGCAGUAGCCUACAUUGACAACAUUUGGGUAAGGUUAUGCGUGGCAGGAAACUUGGCCCUAGUGAUGUACUGGGCCGUACGCACUACCCUCUGUAGUGCCUUGUGGUCAAUUCAAAUUUAUUUAUAUAGCCCUUCGUACAUCAGCUGAUAUCUCAAAGUGCUGUACAGAAACCCAGCCUAAAACCCCAAACAGUAAGUAAUGCAGGUGUAAAAGCACGGUGGCUAGGAAAAACUCCCUAGAAAGGCCAAAACCUAGGAAGAAACCUAGAGAGGAACCAGGCUAUGUGGGGUGGCCAGUCCUCUUCUGGCUGUGCCAGGUGGAGAUUAUAACAGAACAUGGCCAAGAUGUUCAAAUGUUCAUAAAUGACCAGCAUGUUCGAAUAAUAAUAAGGCAGAACAGUUGAAACUGGAGCAGCAGCACGGCCAGGUGGACUGGGGACAGCAAGGAGUCAUCAUGUCAGGUAGUCCUGGGGCAUGGUCCUAGGGCUCAGGUCCUCCGAGAGAGAGAGAGAAAGAAAGAGAGGAGAGAAUUAGAGAGCGCACACUUAGAUUCACACAGGACACCGAAUAGGACAGGAGAAGUACUCCAGAUAUAACAAACUGACCCUAGCCCCCGACACAUAAACUACUGCAGCAUAAAUACUGGAGGCUGAGACCGGAGGGGUCAGGAGACACUGUGGCCCCAUCCGAGGACACCCCCGGACAGGGCCAAACAGGAAGGAUGCUCUCUGGUGCAUCUGUAGAACCUUUUGAGGAUUUGAGGACCCAUGCCAAAUCUUUUCAGUCUCCUGAUUGGGAAUAGGUUUUGUCCUGCCCUCUUCACAACUGUCUUGGGGGGCUUGGACCAUGUUAGUUUGUUGGUGAUGUGGAUACUAAGGAACUUGAAAAGCUCAACCUGCUCCACUACAGCCCCGUCAAUGAGAAUGGGGGCGUGCUCAGUCCUCCUUUUCCUGUAGUCCACAAUCAUCUCCUUUUGUCUUGAUCAUGUUCAGGGAGAGGUUGGUGUCCUGGCACCACACGGCCACGUCUCUGACGUCUCCUAUAGACUGUCUCGUUGUUGUCGGGGAUCAGGCCUACCACUGUUGUCAUCAGCAAACUUAAUGAUGGUGUUGGAGUCGUGCCUGGCCGUACAGGAGGGGACUGAGCACGCACCCCUGAUGGGCCCCCGUUUGGAGGAUCAGCGUGGAGGAUGUUGUUGCCUACCCUUACCACCUGGGGGCGACCUGUCGAAGUCCAGGAUCCAGUUGCAGGGGAGAUGUUUAAUCCCAGGGUCCUUAGCUUAGUGAUGAGCUUUGUGAGCUCUAUGGUGUUGAACGCUGGGCUGUAGUCAAUGAAUAGCAUUCUCACAGGUGUUCCUUUUGUCCAGUUGGGAAAGGGCAGUGUGGAGUGCGAUUGAGAUUGCGUCAUCUGUUGGGGCGGUAUGCGAAUUGGAGUGGGUCUAUGGUUCCCGGGAUAAUGGGGUUGUGAGCCUUUCAUAGCACUUCAUGGCUACCGACUUGAGUGCUACGGGGAGGUAAUCAUUUAGGCAGGUUACCUUCCCUUUCUUGAGCACAGCAACUAUGGUGGUCUGCUUGAAACAUGUAGGUAUUACAGACUAGGUCAGGAAAAGGUUGUAAAUGUCAGACACUUGCCAGUCGGUCUGUGUAUGCUUUGAGUACACGUCAUGGUAAUCCGUCUGGCUGAGUGGCUUUGUGACCUGUUUGACCUGUUUGAAGGUCUUGCUCACAUCGGAUUCGACAAGUGUGAUCACACAGUCAUCCAGAACAGUUGGUGCUCUCAUGCAUGUUUCAGAGUUGCUUGCCUCAAAGCAGCUCGUGGCUGUGUUUCCCUUUGUAGUCCGUAAUAGUUUGCAAACCCUGCCACAUCCGACGAGCGUCAGGGCCAGUCUAGUAGGACUCCAUCCUAGUCCUGUAUUGACGCUUUGCCUGUUUGAUGGUUUGUCGGAGGACGUAGCGGCAUUUCUUAUAAGCGUCCAAAUUAGUGUCCAGCUCCAGUCUGUUUGUUCAGUCCCACGGAAUAGAACUAGUGGUCCUUUCCCCUACAAAGCAUCAGGCUGAGACGGAGGCUGAUGGUUUGGUUUCAGACCCGACGGAGAAAAGGAAUAAAGAUGCUUUUCUCUUCCUCCCUUUGGGGAUGGAUUUAUUAUGCAUUAAGUAUGUUAUUUAUGUUACUGAAAGAAUCCAGAACAAACGGAUGGAUUUGUAUUAUUCUAUUAUCAGAAAGAGAGUGUCAUGACGUGCCCUGGGGGGAGGAUCAUAAAGACCUGGUAGAAACUGCCAUGCCGUAUUGAAGAAAGACUUGGCCAAACUCCCCAAAACGGGAUAAUUAAGCAAUAUUGACACUUUUGGGAAUGGUCUAUAGACACAGUUUAAGAUGAGUGUGUUUUAUUUUGGUGCUCUCACGAAGGAUAAAAAACACAAAGGUAUCUCUUAAAGUGUACAUUUCUCAGCUGACAGGUUUACAUCUAAAUAUUGUGAAACAUAUGUGAUUAAACAUGAAACUAUUUGUGAAAAGAUGCAAUGUGUUAACCUUCUAAAUGAGAGUAUGAAUUUUCAUAUGAAAAUUAGUUAGUCAGUGGCCACGCCCACGUGAGCAUCGACAUUCCGUCGGCAUCAUGGAACCGCCCCUUUCUACUGAAAUGUAUAAAAUCCUGAUGAAAUUCACAGCAGACCACGCAAACUAAGCUAAGGUUGCAAGUGGUUGAAUUUCAAAGACUAGAAAACAUGCAGCUGACGCAACAUGUUGACGCAACAUGUUGAAAUAGUUGGCACUACAACUCUACCAAAGGACAAGACCAUACCACGCGGAGCAUUGGCUACACGUCUGGAAAUGGUUCAACUCUGAGACUAUCGAUCACUACAGAAUAAGAGCAUAUCUUAGACGUAUAAUUACUAGUCUGCAGCUAGAAAUGACGUAAAUCUAGAACAAGAAUACCAACAACCGUUGAAGCAUCUGUGAGAACAUUUCCGAAUGGUACUCUGAAGUAUCCAAUUUUACAAAUUUUACCACGUACAUCCAUGAAAGACAUUGUGACUUCUGGGAAAGUUAACCAGAGACCCUGAUGAACCCUAAAGGACUAUCAAGGAUUCCAACAGUGAAGAAGACAACGACAUAUGGGUGUAAAUAUAUAAAUUCCAACUAUUCUCCUUUUUGUCUACCAUGCCGCCAUAUUGGCUUAGUCCGCUAGGGACUUUUCUAUCAUUGUUAGUAACCAAUAUCUGUUUGUUUAUGUAUUUCUGUGAUUUAUUUUGUUAGUAAAUAAAUAAUUAAGCCAA